AUGGCAGAGUUCCCUUGCUCUCUAGAACGCACAGUCGCUUCUGCUCUGCUCCUCCUCUCCACUUCGCCACCUCCUCCGCCGUCUCCGCUUGUGUCGGUUUGUCAAGACGAGUGGUUGUCUGAGGAGGACACUAUCGGAGGAAGUUUCUUGAGAGAGAUAACGGUGCUUUAUGACUAUUCGAAGUCUUGCUCUUCGGUAUUCACUAGAUCAGAUGAAUCGUCCGAGACUCGAGUUGAGGAGCCGUUGUUGUUCUCUACUCCAGCUUAUCGCGACGAUCUCAAGCUUCAUGUCGUGAGAAAGAGUCGUUCGAAGCUAAUACGGAUAUCCGAGAACCGGAAUCUCACUUCGACAGACGACGUUACCCUGACUUCAGGCUCCGUGUCCUCGGAGUCGUCUUGUUUGUCAAGCAGCUCAAGCGUGGUCACAAGCGCGCCAAUCCAUCGCCUGGUUACCAGAGCAGAGAAGAAGUUAGAAAUGAUUCGUCACGUAUGGAGGAAAAGGCACGUCGCAACGGCUCAUAUGCGCCGGCGGGCCGAAGCCAUUAUGAGUUACCUCUCUGGUGGCUGUUCCUCUGAGGUGAAGAUACGCCAAGUGCUUGGCGACAGCCCUGACACAAGCAAGGCUCUCAGAAUGUAA